ACCUCCAAUCCAUAAUUCCUCAUCAAUCAAAAACCUCCAUUAAAGCAGAGCUCCAAUGGCUGCACCACAAACCGCAAACGAAGUCCUCCACGAUUUCUUCCCCUUAAUGAGGGAAUACAAAGACGGCCGAGUCGAAAGGUACUGGGCAACCGAGCUCGUCCCUCCGUCACUCGACGCGGAAACCCUCACGCAGUCGAAAGACGUCGUCAUUUCGCCGGAGACCGAUCUCUCCGCCAGAAUAUUCCUCCCACGAAACGCUGACCCGGCGAACAAACUCCCCCUCCUCGUCUACUUCCACGGCGGCGGCUUCGUGGUGGAGUCCGCCUUCUCGCCGCUGUACCAUAACCACCUCAAUCUACUGGCGGCGGAGGCCAAUGUCGUCGCCGUUUCGGUCAACUACAGACUUGCGCCGGAGUAUCCACUCCCCGCCGCCUACGAGGACGCAUGGCUCGCCCUCAAAUGGAUCGCUUCUCGAUCCAUUAACGACGAAUGGAUCGGAAAAUACGCCGACUUAAAUCGCGUAUAUUUAGGCGGAGAUAGCGCCGGCGGCAACAUAGCCAGCAAUUUAGCCGUACGAUUCGGCGGCGAAGGAAAGGAAAAAUUGGCCGGAAUUAAUUUAGUUGGGGUUUUCCUAAAUUGCCCCUUCUUCUGCGGUGUAGAUCCACUCGAGAAUGAAGACAAACACGAAGUUUUUCCCAAAACGUACUUGGAUAAGAUAUGGAAAUAUGCAUGCCCGGAUACGGCCGGGUCGGACGAUCCACGGAUCAACCCGGAUAAGGAUCCGAAUCUUUGGAGAUUCGGGUGUACGAGAGUGCUGGUUUAUGCAGCGGAAAAGGAUGUGUUGAAGGGAAGAGGUUGGCUUUUUAAAGAGACGAUGAUGAAGAGAGGGUGGAAUGGUAAUAUUGAGGUUGUUGAAGUUGAAGGAGAAGACCACAUUUUUAGUGUGCUUUUUCCCAAGAGUGAAAAUAGUAUGGCUAUGCUUAAAAAAGUGGCUUCUUUUAUUAAUAAUGAGUGAAAUUGGUUUAGGGUGUUUUUUUAAUUUGUAAUGCUUGUAAAAUUAAAAAUAAAUUAAGAUUGCCUAUCUAGAUGCUACAUCUGAUAAA